AUGCUCCCUGUGAUUAUUCAUCAAAAUCAAGGAGCCUUUAUAAAGAAUAGACAGCUUGCUCAUAAUAUUUUAAUUCUUCAAGAUAUUCUCCAUGGCUAUACUAGGAAGAAUAUCUCUCACCGAUGUGUGAUAAAAAUUGAUCUCAGUAAGGCGUAUGAUUCUAUUGAUUGGGAAUUUAUGGAGGAUAUCUUGACAGCUUUUUGUUUUCCUAGAAGGCUUAUUCAAUGGAUAAUGACUUGCUUGACGGGUAGUUCUUAUACUCUUAUGUUAAAUGGGAGAUUACAAGGAAGUUUUGAAGGGAGGAAAGGAUUAAGACAAGGAGACCCUAUCUCUCCUCUGCUUUUUGUGCUGGUCAUGGAGUAUCUCACUAGACUUCUAAAGCAAGCUUCUCAUCACAGAGAGUUUAGAUUUCAUCCCAUGUGUAAGCAUUUGCAGCUUGUUAAUUUGUGUUUUGCGGAUGAUUUGAUUCUGUUUUGUAAGGGGAAUAUUAGAUCAGUUCAGAUUUUAUUUGAAGGUUUUUCGAAGUUUUGCCAUUGUUCUGGUCUAGCAGCUAAUCUGAGUAAAUCCCAAAUAUUCUUUGGGGGUGUGGCAGCUGAGGUCAAGAAUAUUAUUCUUAGGUUUGUUGCUCUUGGAGAGGGGAGUUUUCCUUUGAAGUAUCUGGGGGUUUCUCUGAGGCCCACGAGAUGGUUGGUUGCUGAUUGUGGUGAGAUAAUCAAGAAAAUUCAGGCUAUGCUCCAUGUUUGGGCGAGUAGACACUUAUCUUUUGCGGGGAGAACUCAGCUGAUUUUUUCUGCUUUGCUAGGCAUUCGCAAUUAUUGGAUGAUUAUUUUUAUGCUUCCCUAUAGUGUCAUUCAAGAAAUUUACAGGUUGUGUCGUAACUUCCUACGGGGAGCCAAAAACAAUCGCAGCAAGUUCCAUUGUUCCUCUUGGCCUCAGGUUUGCCUUCCUAAAGUGUUGGGUGGUCUGGGUUUUAAGGAGGGUUCUAAUUGGAAUAAAGUUCUUUUGGCUAAAUAUAUUUGGGCUUUGUCUUCUAAGCAAGAUGUAUUAUGGGUGAAAUGGAUUGAUGAGGUCUAUCUAAAAGGUCAGUCUUUCUGGUCUUAUCAGCUGAAACCAAAUGUUAGUUGGUAUUGGCGUAAGUUAUGCUACUUGAGAGAGACUUUUUAUGAAAUGGAAUUGGGAGUUUCGGCUGUGCAUGGUAAACUGAAUUUGAAGGUUCUGUUUAGUAGCAUGCUUCAGAGGGACCCGGUUGGUUUUGCUAAGGCAGUGUGGUGUAGUCUAUCUGUCCCCAAGCAUCGUUUUAUACUUUGGCAAUCAGUUCUUGGCCAUUUACUGACUAGAGAUAACUUGGCUCGGUGCCAAAUUGAUAUUAGCUCUCAGCUUUGUCCGGUUUGUGAGAGUGUUGAGGAAUCUCAUAAGCACUUAUUCUUUGACUGUGUUUUCUCAACAGGUUUGGGAGCUGCUUAA